CAGCUCAUGACGUCACUCUUUAGAACGUCGAUCAGUUAUUUAUGCUAGCUAGCUAGCUAACGUUAUUAGCAUUUAGCUUCAUUUGCAGCGGGGUAUCGUCGGUUUUCAAAUGUCUUACUGGAUCUGCUGCAACUCCUGCUUCCUUUGCCCCAGUGCUGACAGAAAACUGGCUGUCACCACCUGUGGACAUAUCAUCUGCAAUGUCUGUCAUCAGAAAGGAAAACCAGGCAUGUGUUUAAUAUGCAACGCCAAAUGCCAAGUAUCACCUCUCACCGACAAAAGCAGCUCAGAAGUGAAGGCCCUGUUCACCGACAUCAACGUUGUGGCAACAAAAAACUUCACAGAAAUCAGCAAAGUUUUAAUGUUCCAGGCAAGACACCAAAAGAGACUGUUGUCUUACUACCAGCAGAGGGAUGAGAAACUAGAGGAGGUACUAGUCAAGAUGAAGCAAGAAAUGCAGCAGAUGGCAAAGAAGCUGAAGGACCAGAGCGCCUACAUCACUAAGCUGGAACACUCUCUUCAUCAUCAGAGUGCCAAAGUUUCUUCAGUGCCUCAGAUGAGCCACAGCUUGCAUACUCCACAUGGACAUAAAUCAGUGUCAGUCCUACAGAUCCCAUAUCACUCCCCCAUGUCCAUCUCUAGACACUCCUCAAUGAAUACCAUCUCUGAAAACAUGGACGUGGAUGAAAGGAGUCUGUUCAGGAAACCCAGCACCGUCCCCAGACUGUCGUUAAUCAGCCCUCCACAGGACGGGCGAAUGGGCACCAUCCCUCACAGGUCGUCCAAUCAGAGCUUGCCGGCCAACCACUCAGCUUCGUCGGCGACAGUCAGUCGUUUUCAAGGAAAUCUGAUGACGCCAGAAAUUUCGUUCGGUCAGAGCUCUGGAUGGAAAUCUCCAAUCUUCAAACCUCUCUCCUCCUUCAGACACUCCAUGUCCUCCCUGGUCUGCCCUCCUAGUUAUCAGACACACAAAUAAACAGUCAGGAAGCCUUUAGAGGACAAACACCUGGCCCCUGACUUGUAAUAAA